AUGACACGUAAAGCAUCGCUGCCGUAUCCCACCAGUCACCCACCUCAGCCUCCAUUGUCGAAUUAUAACCUUGAGCCACAAGCCAGCCUGGUACCCGACUCGGCCGAUCUCCCUCCCCUACCUUCCUCCUCGCGCAGGAGCCCGAUUGUCGCCGGCUCUUCUAGUUUUCAUGAUGCAGAGAAUCCAUGGUCCGAUCUGCCCGCAAAAGACCAACCAUCAGAUCGACCAGUGCCGGAUCUUCUAAAACCAGGGCAGCCAGGUCCACCGGUAGGGACUGGGACCAGUCCCCAGAGCCAUGCCCUCUCCAACAUCCCUUUGGUUCUAAGAGCAGGGCAUUCGCGGGAAGACACCCCCAGAUCAUCGCUGGAUAGUCAACGAUCCAAGGAUUUCUGGGAAGAUUCAGAUGAUGGACAAGACGUGCGCGGCAAGAGUCCAAAGAGAAGUCCAAAAAGGGGACAAAUUGCGCUUCCAGACACCGAUUCGCAUGAAGACCCAUGGGUGGACGUAGAACUGCCAGACCAGUCUACCGGGAUCAAGCGGAAACCCGUGGGCUGGGGGACCACGCCUGUGCUAUCUAGGCCAGACGUACCCACCACCUCGACUUUUGCUUCAAAUAACCCUUUCAGACGUCCUUCGGACCAUGCUCUGGCGGAUGAACGAUUAGAGACCUCAAACUGGGACCAGGAUACACCUGGCUUAGCAGCGAAGGGGAAAGAGCUAGAUCGAGGGCAUAGACUACCUCCAACCGACCAGCUUCAAGGUUUGACCGUUGGAGGUGGCACGAUAACUGGCCUGCCAUCCUAUACCACCACGCAAGAUACGCAGACACCCGCGGGAACAUGGGGAAACGGGCAUCAAUUGGGGAGCCCUCCCAUGCCCCAAGGUCCUCCGCCACCUCCGCCGACGGGCCCUGGAUCACCCUUCAGUGAACAACCGCCGCUCAUGCCAGUCUCUCCGCAUCAUGAUUCAAUCGAGAACCCUUGGGCUUCAAAUGUCAACCUUGCACCGCCCACUCCAUCUCCAAUUCCAUUCGCACCUUCCCAGAAGCAAGUAUCAACCUAUAGCAAUGAUCUACUGGACCGCGGACAACAGAGCGGAGUCGUGUCCCUCAAGGAUGAAUUGGAAACACUCCCAAAUGCUGCUCACGCAGAAACUGCAGCAUCCGGUGAGCUCUCCUUAUUAGAGGACGACGAAGCCCGGCCUCCUCUUCCCGUCAGACCGGCACAACGUACCGCGACCGAGUAUUUCGAUCCUCCCGAAGGACCCCCUCCGCCUAAGCCACCGCGGCCAACGAUACGCACAAGCAUUCCAUCGGAUGAAGACGUCGCAAAAAUGAUCGAGCAAAGAAACGAAACGUACCAGAUCAAGCAUUUCAACUGGUUCGAUCACGGCUCCCGGAAAUUGAGAAGAUCCUCCAUGUUGACCCAGAAUAAGAACGGUCCGUGUCCCCUUCUUGCCUUGGUCAAUGCUUUGAUAUUAGGAGCGAAGCACGAGUCUCAGGCCGCUCUAGAUGAAGCUCUUCGGACGCGCGAGCAAGUCUCGCUUGGCCUCAUCAUUGAAACCUUGAUGGACGAACUGCUAUCGAGAGGGUUUGAUGCUGUAGGAGAAGUCAUGCCCGACGUGGAUGAGCUGAAUCACUUCUUGAUGCGCUUGCGGACAGGGAUGAACGCUAAUCCCAGAUUCGUGUCCCCUUCGCAACCGGCGCCGAAUCUGAUGGACGCCGAUGACUCCAUGUUGAACAUGCCUCAACAGGAACGAGCGAAACAAAGAUUGGGCACGUUUGAGGCAACUACCGACAUGAAACUCUACGGAGCUUUCCAAAUUCCCCUGGUUCAUGGUUGGCUUCCCGACCCGAGAUCAGAAGCCGCGAAGGCGUUUGCACGAUCCGCGCAAUCCUACGAAGAUGCACAAGCGCUACAGUUUGGAGAGGAGGAACUGGAGUACAAACUGAUGAACCAGGGCCUGUCCACAACUGAACAAAACAUGUGGGAGGAUAUCAACGCGAUCAAAAUUUUUCUCAAGACAUACCCCACCCAACUUACUCCCUCUGGUCUCGAAGCCGUUCAAGAUUCGAUUCCGUCAGGCUCUUUUGCCAUCAUGUUCCGCAAUGAUCACUUCAGUACCAUCUAUAAGCACCCUGAAAGUGGUCAACUUUUCACCUUGGUCACAGAUGCCGGGUACGCCGAUCGAGAUGAGAUCAUAUGGGAAAGUCUUGUCGACAUCAGUGGCAAACACAACGAAUUCUUCUCUGGUGACUUUAUGCCGGUGAGUCACCACGAUGUUGGGGACGAGUCAUCAACUCAUCCAGCGGCUCGACGGUCAUCGCAGCUUUUGACAGUCAAUAAUCCUCCACCCGCGACACCGCUGUCUCCGCAAGAACAGCAGGAACAGCACGAUGCGGACUUUGCCAUGGCACUACAGCUCCAAGAAGAAGAGGAGCAACGACAACGUGCGGAACGAAGUAGGCGACACGGCGGGAAUGCCAGCGCUGGCAGCACGCAACAGAGAAGGUCACAAUCCGGCAGUAUCCCGAUCCCUCUUCGCUCCACUCAACCGGCACCGGAGGUGCGACCGCCCAUUCCACCCCGCGUCUCGCAUGCACCCAAUCCAGGGGUCAAUCGACCCUCGGACGGGCUGGAUGAAGACGCACCGCCUGCAUACGAGGAAGCAGCAAAAGGUAGACCGUACAUCCCACCGCUCGGCAGCCCUUUGCACCCCUCUGCCGAACCGUCUCCUAUGAACUCCAACACGCAGUUGACGGGUACCAUUAGCAAUAUCAGCACCCACUCGGUCUCAGGAGUGGGUGACGCUCCUUAUCACCCACCGGGACCAAAUGCAGGCAGGAGGGAUCCAAGACGAAGGUUGAGCGCGUACAAUGAGAUGUCUCAGUGGUAUAGCCACUCACCGCAAAGGUUGCAACAACCGCAAGGAGUGCCAGGACCGUCUGGGAGGGGCGGGAGGCAUGGACAAGAUCGCGAUUGCAUUGUUAUGUAA